AUGGCCGAGCUAUUGCGUCAGCAGCGACUACGAAGCCAAAAGGAACGAGAACUGAGAGCAGCAGCAAUUACAGUGCUAAGUCCGCCAACUGCAGCAACUAGUCAUACGAUUCUUUCUAAAGUAAAAACAGCUCAGCUGCCAAGCAGAAAAAUCGCUUUGCCAAAGGAAGGUACGAUUGCCCGGGAUAUCCUAAAAACUAGAACAGCCCGUUCGCCAACUGGAACUACCGCUUUGACAAAGGAAGGUACUAUUGCCCAGGAUGUUCUAAAAACCAAAACAGCUCAUUCACCAACUGGAACUACCGCUUUGACAAAGGAAGGUACAAUUGCCCAGGAUGCUCUAAAAACUAAAACAGCCUAUUCGCCAACUGCAAUUACCGCUUUGCCAAAGGAAGGUACAAUUGCUCAGGAUGCUCUAAAAACUAAAACAGCCUAUUCGCCAACUGCAAUUACCGCUUUGCUAAAGGAAAGUACAACUACCAAGAAGGUCCCAAAAACUAAAGCAGCUCACUUGCCAAGCAAAAAUAUUGCUUUACCAAAGGAAGGUACAAUUAUUGUCAAGAAGGUCCCAAAAAUCAAAACAGCCCGUUCGCCGGAUAGAAAAAUAGUCUUGCCAGUGGAAGGUACGAUUACCCAAAAUGUUCAAAAAACUACAACAGUCCAUUCUCCGAGUGCAAAUAUCAUCUUGCCAAAGGAAGGUACAACUAUCAAGAAGACGCCAGAAACUAAAACAGCCCGUUCACUUAGUGAAAAUAUCAUCGCGCCAAAGGAAGGUACGAUUACGCAGAACAUUCCAGGAACUAAAACAGCCCGCUUGCUAAGCGAAAAUAUCGUCUUGCCAAAGGAAGGUACGGUGGUUAUCCAGGACAUCCUGGAAGCUAAUACACCCAGUUCAUCGAACGAAAAUGCUGUCCUGCGAAAGGAAGGCACGGUUACCCAGGACAUCCUAGAAGCUAAAACACCCAGUUCGUCAAACGAAAACGCUGCCCCGCCAAAGAAAUAA